AUGCGGGAUUCCCUUUCGGACGGUCGACGAGCUGUUCGACGCGGCCACACCGGACGGCACGUUUCGGCACAUGCGGCGCUCGGACGCCGCGUGGUACACGCGCAACCUGUGGGGCCUGUCGGCUUUGUGAACGUCAACUACAACCAGGACGGCGACACGCUGAACACGUUUGUCAUGGCCGUGACCCUGGCCGGUGUGCAGGCCGUGACCCUGGCCGGUGUGCAGGCCGUGACCCUGGCCGGUGUGCAGGCCGUGACCCUGGCCGGUGUGCAGGCCGUGACCCUGGCCGGUGUGCAGGACGGUUUCUGGGCGGUGGAGGGCGGUAACCACGAGGUGUGUAGAGGACUGCUUGACAAGGCUGACGUUGCACUGCGUCACCAGGCGGUCACCGCAGUCCAGCGGCUUGACCAGGCGUCGCCGUUCGCCGAGUUCCAGGUGAGCGCUGGCUCUGGCGAGGCGGACGUGUUUGAUGCCGUUGUCAUCCCAACGCCAUUGCAGCUCUCCGGAAUCGAGCUGAACGGCUUUCCGCACAGUGCGAGCACAAUGCACCGCGGCGAGUACCAACGCACGGUGGUUACGUUUGUCGUUGGUCAGCCAAAACCGGCGGAGAAUGAGUCCGUGUGGAAGAUCCUCUCACGAGAGCCGUUGGACAAUGUCACUCUGGACAAGCUGUUUCGUGCACGACAGCAUGUCACCGUGCGAGAGUUUGCCGCCUUUCCCAAGUACACCAGCGCACCGGCCGAGCUGCCGUCGUUCGUUCUCGAUCAGGCCGUCUUCUACACGAGCCUAAUCGAGUGGGCGGCAUGUGCCAUGGAUAUGAGCUCCAUAUCCGGCCGCAACGCCGCGCUCCUGGCCAACGCGGCCCUCUCACGGCACAGCUGCUUGGAAAGUUGA